UAAGAAUUAAUUAAAGAGCAAGCUUCUUACCCAGGCCCAUCUUCCAUCUCCCAUUGCAAUUUCGAAUCUCGGCCUGCAAUUUGUGAUUCUUAAUUUAUGUCCAGGGUCUUAUUGCUCAUCUCCAGCAUCGCAACAUUUUAAGAAGUAAGAAACGAAAUUUAUUCUAAAUGUUUUGAAACUGGAACAAGCGUUCUAUAUUCUGGAUUACCAUUUUACCACGCAUUUUUUGUUAAGAUCAGUUUUUAAUUGUCUAAGGGAAUAAAAAUGUAUUAAAGUUUUCGGUCAGUAGUACCGAUUUUUCUAUAUAACUUCCAAAACAUUAAAAAUUUGGCAAUAAAACCUUAAGAAAGUGUGUAAAGUUAAGAUCAGUCUUUCCACUUAAUUAAUUAUUUACCUAAGAAGUUUGAAUUAUUUGAAAAACUGGCACAAACUAUUUAGGAAGUUAUUCCUGAAAUAAAACAUGCCUUCCUAUGAACUUUAUGCCUUUUUCUCCGUCUUCAGUUUGUUUUUUAUAAGUGAUAUUUUCUUUUAUGUUGACUAUUAAAAGGAUUGAUGUGGUUGACCUGGCCACAAUUCUUUACGCUCUUUCGUUCGAUUUCAGCAGCAAGUAGCAUUGGUUCUCUACUUUUUGGGCAGUUUCCAGAUUCGAUUUUUCUCGAACGUGAACAUGGCAGGAAAAUCGGUUUUUCCGUUCGCAAUUGUUUACACGAAAACUAUAAACAAAGCAAACACACGGCGUCCGUCGCCGCGUUUGCCCUCAUUGAUGUUAUUUUUGGCCACUGGGCAUGAGGCAGCACUAAACUCUCCAUCCUCUCCAGCCGUCCAUAUUAUAUGCGUUCCACAUAGCAGCCGGUCAGAUGAAGAUGUUGGGGGCCAAUGGGAUGGGAAUGGGAAUGGGGAUAGGGAUCGGGAUGUGGGGUGGGCGGAAUAAUCGCAGGCAGGGGCGAAGUACUUAAAGGUGCCACAUACGCAUCGUUCGAUUUGGAUGCGGUCGGAUUCUUGGCAUUUUGUUUAUGCAACAAUAAAUUUUACAUUUAAUUUUCGUUUCAUUUGAAAUGCUACAGCAAUGCCGAAGAAUGCCCCGAUUUGGAUCUGAAUUGGAUCUGCUCGUGGCGGGAGAAGCAAUUUGUUAAAUUUCACGUACCGGGGAAUCUGGCAAAUAUUGUUCAUAUUUAUAUUUCUUUCUUGGUCCGUGAUAUAAUUCAAUAUUAAUUGGAAUUGGAAAAUCAGUUUAUAUUCUGAGCAAUUGAAAAAUUUAAAUCAAAAUUUGCUUGUUUCUUGAUUUGAAAAUUUUCGUGUGAAACUAGAGGAGCAAGUAUUUCAUGACUUGGAAAUUUUAGGGAAUUACUCAUUGGGUGUUGGCUUUUUUCAUUUCGCUUUUUCUAAUAUAGGUUUUUCCAAAACCCUUUAUUUUUCUAUAUGAUAAAAUAAGGGCACUAAAUUAGCUUUGCUUAAUUUAUCAAAGUAUAUAUAAAGGUAACUAAGUAUUUUUAACCUUAAACUUUUACCAAAUUUUAGACUUUUUAUUUUAAUGAUGAUCAAUGCAAUGUUGAAACGCUUGACUUUGUUUAGCCAGUAAAAAUAUGUCCUCAAAAAACAUUCACAAUUAAGACAAUGGAAACAUACUUACAUGGAUGUCAAUAGCUUGAUUGGGUGCAAAUUGCUGGUCAAACUCUUAGUAAAUACGCCUUUUUCCCUUUCCUGUCGUUUUUGAAAUGAAACGCCAGUAAGCGGAAAAAGACAAAUCGACUAGAAUUUAUGUAUACACUUUUAGUCCGUCGGACACAUAGCGAUCCGAACACAUGGCACCGUGAUGAGAUUGGUUCUUGUGUUUUUGCUUGUUUAGAAAUUGAAUUAAUUUAAUUUGGUUCGAUUGAUUUAUGGACCAAUCUGUGCGCUGCUCUGGAAAACUGUGCCAAGAGGCGGCUGCUGCUGAUCAGCGCUGCUGUCUAAUGAUCGAGCGUCUAUAUGCACGGGCCAUUCGAAAAUAGUUUUAUUUUUAUAACUGUGUGCUGGUUUGGUUUCUUUUUUUUUUAUGGACUUCCCCCACAUACGCAAUGGACGGGAUGGACUACGAAAUCGACGACGACGACGACGAUGAUGAUGAUGCUGAUGGCAUCUGCCAAUGCACACAGCUGUCUUCCGAUGCCAACUACUAUACUACUAUAUAUGUGUGCGCAUAUAUAUGUUAUAGUUAUAAAGAUAUCUGGGCAAGGAAGUUGUAAACCACUCAGUCGGAGGCUGGCCAUUAAGUUGUGAUUUGUUUCACGGGGCUGGCAAUUACGAGCGGCAUCCACCUACUCCGAAAUCCGUGCGGAGACAAAGGCCGCGAAAAUUUGGGGGAAAUUCGUCGGGCAGGAAAAUGCACGGCCAAGGGUGGCGGCUGUGAAAGCCGGGAAGCCGGGAAAGCCGGGAAAUCGACGGGGCCGGGAUAAACAAAAACGACGACAUGCCAAAUGAAUGCCGAGCAGUGCGAAAAAGCGCAAAACUUUCGGCAGUCGGAAAACAAAAAAGACAGACAGCCAGAGCGGAAUAUGUACGGACGUGUGGCGAUGAGCGAACCUGACCACCACAGUGCAGAGGAGCCACCUUCGACCAUAGAGUCGAUAGUGGGCACUAUUUUCAGCCGGCUGCGAAUCAUGGCUGUGGACAUGGAAAAGCUGCAGAAGGCCAAGGAGAAACUGGAGCAUAUGCAGCGGCGGAACACCUUCUUCCACCUUUUGGGUCAGGAUGAAGACGGCAGCAUUUAUCAUGCCGGAAGCGACAUGCAUGUCCUCCGUUCAAAGUAUUCCCUGAUCUCGGAGGUCAACAAGAAAUCCGACGAAAUCUCCGAGGAGGAUGUCGACUUCGAGGAUCUGAGCGAGGACCUCUGCCUAUUACCUUUUGAGGAGGAUCGCUGGCAUGGCUUCUUCAAAGGCUUCCAGAUCCUAAACACUCCACAGGCUCCCGAUCCAAACGAAAAUAGCAAGUGCAUCGAACUUACGGCGAUGUUGGACUGCGAACAAGAGCUCAAAAUUAAUCUACUAAACGGAGUCCGCUGCUUUCUGAUCGAUCUUUCGGUGGGCACCCAGCACGACAACCAGAGUCUGAUCGUGAAGCUGCGUGAGGCGGAGAUUAGUGUGUCCAAGGAGUUGGGCUUCCCGGUGGCGUCGUCGGUCAUGGUAAAGCUAUCGCCGCGCCACCAGUUCACCGGCGGCUUCAGCACCCAGUUCCGUCAGGAUGGCAAGACGUCCGUCGUCCUGGAGCAGGGCAAACCGAUAGUCCUGUCCGUGGAUCGGGACUACUCCGACCGGUGCAACGAGGAUGUGGUCUAUGUGAACGCUCGCUUCCUGAUUCCCGAUGUGCAGCAGUUCGACUUCAUCCUGAUUGGCGACGAGAUCCAGCUGAUGGUGCGGAGCGUCCACGCCGACCACCUCAAGUGCUGUGUGGCCCGGGGCGGAGUGCUGUACGCCCACAUGCCCGUGCUGUUCCCGGCCAGAUGCCGCCGCUUCCGGAUCUCGUACGAAGAGCUGGAGGACCUGACCUUUGCCCGCGAGGUGGGCCUGAACGUGGUGGUGUCGCACAUUGUGGGCACCCCGCAAUACCUCGAUGACUUGGAGCACUCGAUGGCCGUCAUGCACUGCGAUGGCAUGCGGCUCUACGCCAGAGUGGUUCUCAACGAGAUCCGAGGAUGCAAGGGGGAGCUAAACUGGGCCACCAAGCGCUACGAUGGCUUCCUGGUGGAACUGGCCGAGCCAGCGCUCAUCCCGGACAUCAUGCACCUCUGUCCCGACGCCGAGUGCUUCAUGCAGCUGGCCCAUGCCUCAAAGAAGCCCAUCAUUUUCGAUCCGCGGCUGAUAGACGAGCAGAAGAUCAGGGUGGACCCGGCGCACUACUACUACACGUUCUUCUAUCCGGACAAGUAUGUGGUCUCCUGGUCGCCCCAGCCGAAAGUGAGCGGCUACUUCCGCUUCCUGCAGAGCGCCAUCUUCCAGCAGAUCUGUCCCCAGGCGCUGGCCGUCACUCCCUACUGCGAUCACUCGCACACGGGAGCGGACAGCCUGGCGCGGGCCGUGGCCACCGCCUCCCUGGAGAUGCGUGCUGUGUCGAUCGUCGUGAUCGGGGUCACCACCCGGAUGGUGCAGAAGAUCGCCCACUUCCGGCCGCAGGCUCCCAUCCUUUUCGUCAGCCACAUGCGCUCCGCCGAGGACUACGUUUCGAUGUACCACAAUGUGACUAUGCUCCCGUUCCGCUCCAAAUCUCUAGUCGGCCAUCGCAGGAACGUCUUCCGAAAGGCCAUCUACGGCUUGGCCUACUUGGUCACGCGCAAGAUCGCCCAGCAUAACGAUCCGGUGAUCCUGGUGUACAACCACGAAGAGGGCACGUUGUUUCCCGAGAAGUAUGUCACCUACAAGCUGGACAAGACGCACUUUGCCUCGCACAUGUCCGAGAUUUUUUUCACUGUGGACCACGACCAGAACGCUCAGACCUUCAAGGAUAUUGAGGCCAUUUAGAUGCCAUGCCACGUGUG